AUGUUCUAUUCUCGCGAGCUCUUGUCACUUCGCCGAGGCAAGUUUAGCAUAUUAUGGUUGGCAGCUACCCGUGGCACGAAGUUUAUCACCAAACGGGACAUUAUUGCCUUCGAUAUCGAGAGUUCGUGGCUUACUCAACAAAGGAAGCCCGAUAUGAUGGAUAUUGAAAUACCCUUGAAAUCUCAUGAUGACUUUGGAACCCUCGAACUUCCCGGUGCUCUGUAUGACUCACAGCUUGAUUGGCAAAUCUACCCUACCAACGGAUGCACCUUUGGAGAGGAUUUUAGGACAGAAUUUUUGACGGACUUGUUUGGGUGUGAGCAAAAUGAUCACAAGCACGGCAUAUUGGAGCAAGUACCAGAGGAUCUUCCAAACUUUGGACUCUCCCAACAAUUCUUCAUGUCUUACAUUCAGACUGAACGAAGAGAGCCAGUAGCAGAAGAGGCUAGCACGUCAGUCCCUUCUGGCGCCAAAAAAGCUCGUUUCGAGGAGGAGAUGGGUGCCCUCCCUGCCAAUAUGUCCGAUAUUCCAAACGAUCCUUCGUUGCUGAUAGCGCCCACUGGAACAGCUGGAACACCUCUGGCCCGGUCAUCUGCUGAAGAACCCCAACUUCGCCCGCCUUGCGCGGCUUCGUCUGCAAAGCGCUGUUGUCUGGAUUACCUGCUUCCAAGGGGUCUGGGCGGAAUUAGAAUCAGUUUUAUCUGCAUCGAGAUGUCAGAAUUUGUCUCAAUUAUCGUCCUCGUGGAGGUGACUGGUGGCCGUUUGUGGUCUUAG